AUGUCGCUGGGGGAACUGAGGGGAAAUGAGAGAAAGAUCCCUGCUACUGUGCAGCCCUCUGGUCGUGAAAACAUUAGCGAAGUGUCCCUACGAUCAGGAAAAGUCUACCAAAGCCCUAGUCCACGUGUGAUGUCUCCAGCAUCAAUGUCUAAACCAAACCGUGAAAAGGAAGGAGAAUCAAGUGGGAUGGAUCAAGCAAAGGGGACAGACAAAGGCAAAAUAAAAGUGGGAGGUGAAUCCUUAGAAGGAAGUCAGGGAGAAGAAGCAGAGAAGGUAAAACCAUAUCCGUAUCGAGGAAUGGUGACAAGGAAAAGAGACACCACGAUUGACAUGGCUAAUAUGUUCAAGGAAGUGGAAGUGAAGGUGCCGCUCUUGACGGCCUUAAAGAUGCCCCCGAUCAGUAAAUUUGUCAAGGACUACCUGGCGGGAAAAAUCAACAAAGAAGGGAGACUGAUUACCGAGGAGAAUGUCUCUGCCAUGAUCCAGAGAAGCGACCUCCCCUCCAAGAAGACUGAUCCAGGAAUGUUCACGCUUCCAAUUUCGAUUGGGGAAAUUCAGGUGGAGCACGAGGUGUGCGAUUUGGGGGCGUCUAUCAACGUUCUACCAUACUCCAUCUAUAGGAAGCUGGGAGUGGCCAAGCUCGUCGACACUGACAUCAUGAUCCAAUUGGUCGACAUAUCGUGUAUUCACCCGGAAGGAAUUCUGGAAGAUGUGGUUGUGAAGGUGAAUAACUUUCUGUACCCAGCUGAUUCUUUCGUAAUCAAAAUGACGGAGCCAGCAACCAAGGAAUCAAGUGGAGUCCUACUGGGGAGGCGGUUCCUGUGUACGACGAGCACCAUAAUAGAUGUUCGUAAUGGGACAAUAAGCUUGGACUUCAAUGGAGAACAAUUCACGUUCAAUAUCGAUGAAGCCAUGAAGAGGUCUGCCGAUAGCGAAAACGUGUACUCAGUAGAUGAGACUGAGCCCUUGGUACAAGAGUACUUGGAUGAAGAAUUCUUGAAGAGGCAGUUCACUGAUUCAGCUGUUGAAAAAGAAAUCAAGAGGGAAGUUGCAGAGUGGUAUGAGAUCAUGAAUGUCGGAGAAAUGGACGACCAAGCCUUCACCCGAGGCCAGCUGGGUCAAGUGGGAAAGCUCAAGUAUCCAGCCUAG